GGCGCUUCCGGUCUCGACCGUCUUAACGCGGGGCGGAGGGAUCUGUGUGCAGCAGGAUGACCAGGGCGUGACCCCGCCGUGCCCACCCUGCGACCCCAGCCAUGUCCACUCUGCUUCUCAAUAUGUCCUUGGAUGCGCCGCCGGGCCCCGCCGCCCCUCCGCAGUGCCCGUCGGCCUCUCGGCACCAGCGCUUCUUGAAGCGCCGGCGCUUGCUAGAGCGCCGGAGACUCCUGAAAGACAAGCAGCUGCCACCCCGUAGCGCCGCCCCCGGGAAGGACAAGCCCCCCGCCCCCCCACGGGAGUCUCAAGAGCAGCCCUGUGCCCCCCCAGCCCCCCCGGCGCAGACGGGCGCCGUGGCCUGGGUCACCCCGGCUUCCCGGGGGAAGGGCGCGGCAGCCCGGCCCCUCCCGUCCGCGGAAGAGCUGCUGAACGAGUUCGCCGCCGCCAACGAGGCCUCGCCGGCCGGGGACCCCACCAAGGUGGUGGCCGUGGACUGCGAGAUGGUGGGGACGGGGCCCCGCGGCCACUGCAGCUCCCUGGCCCGCUGCAGCAUCGUCAGCUAUCACGGCGACGUGCUCUACGACCGCUACGUGCGGCCGCCCUGCCCCAUCGUCAACUACCGCACCCGCUGGAGCGGGAUCCGCAAACGGCACAUGGCCAUCGCCGUCCCCUUCCAGGCUGCCCGCAAGGAGAUCCUGAAGCUGCUGGCGGGCAAGGUGGUGAUCGGUCACGCCGUGCACAACGACUUCAAGGCCCUGCAUUACUCCCACCCGCGCAGCCUGACGCGCGACACCUCCCGCAUCCCCCUCCUCAACCGCCGCGCCGGCUUCCCCGAGUGCGAGGCCAUCUCCCUCAAGCGCCUGACCAAGAAGCUGCUGCAUCAGGACAUCCAGACCGGGUCCCAGGGGCACUCGUCAGUCGAGGACGCCCGAGCGACCAUGGAGCUGUACAAGGUGGUAGAAGACGAGUGGGAAGAGGUGCUGCGCCGGACGCCCCAGACCAACUAACCGCGGAGACGAGAGGAGACGAGAUGAGGGGGCCGCCCCCGCAGGGAGUGGUGGGGUGGGGGCGGGAGCGGGGAGAGGAGCCGACAGAACAAGGCCCACACCCCACCAGAAGAGAAUCUUCAAUGGGACACGGUCUGGGCC